CUUUAUUUGAAGUUAAAAACCUUCCAUUAUGAAAAAAUAAUGAAAGGAAGGUCAAACUAGAUUUCUGUAGGAUUGCGUGUUUAAGGGUACUAUUUGGUAGGUAAAUGGCGGAACUAAGUGUUGCUUUCCUCAUGGUUGGCGGAUGUGUGGUCUUGUGGGAUGACUCUGUAUGCUAUGCUGGUGGGAGCAUAUCCAUUCGAGGACCAGGAGGACCCAAAGAAUUUCAGGAAAACAAUCAAUAGAAUAAUGGCAGUUCAAUACAAGAUCCCCGACUAUGUCCACAUAUCUCAGGAUUGCAGACAUCUCCUCUCUCGCAUAUUCGUUGCAAAUCCAAUCCGGAGGAUCACAAUUAAAGAAAUCAAGAGCCAUCCAUGGUUCUUGAAGAACUUGCCAAGGGAACUGACAGAGGUAGCUCAAGCCAUGUACUACAGGAAAGAAAACCCAACCUUUUCCCUUCAAAGUGUUGAAGAAAUCAUGAAGAUCGUGGAAGAGGCCAAGAUUCCUCCCCCAGUAUCCCGAUCUAUUGGAGGCUUUGGCUGGGUAGGAGAAGAAGAAGAUGACGUGAAGGAAGAUGAUGCAGAGGGUGUUGAAGAAAAGGGUGGAGAAGAAGAAGAAGAAGAAGAAGAAGAAGAUGAGUAUGAGAAGAGAGUUAAGGAGGCACAAGCAAGUGGGGAGGUUCAUGUCAGUUAAGAUUCAUUCCCUCUUCCUUCUACAUUAUGCUUUCGUGCUUUGCGUAGAACUGUGUGCUAAUGGGCUGGUCCUGAAUAAAUGUUUGUAAAUUGUAGCAUCAUAUUGGGUAGAAUGGGUGUGAAACUAUUGAACUGUAUGAGAAUUAGAGUUGUCAUAAACAUUGAAUUAAACUGUGUUGAGCAGGAAGGACUUCUAGCUGCUACGAUCCUUGAAUUAGGAGGAUUUGAAUGCUUGAAAGGGUUAUUAUGUUUGGGUUGCCUGUCUAGAUUGGAUUUGAUCAUGCAAGGAUGUCUUAUUCCUUAGAAGUGGCAUGUUCUUUAUUAGAAGCAGGGUAUUGCAAUAACAUAUAGUAUCCAUUGAUUAGUGUA